AUGAUGCCCUGCGCGCGCGCCGCGGAUGUUUUCGUUUUAGAGGACGCACGCUUGUACGGAUCUCCGGUGCUCCUGCUGUCAGUGAACGUAUCCCUGGGUGUCACGGAUCACGGACGCGCUGAAUUAAACUCUCCCUCAGGUAUCAUUUGAUUACGGAAUCCGCUGUUUCCCGGUGUGUGUCGGUUUGUCGCGAUGUUCCUGUCGUCGGUACCGGCGCGUGUCUUCAUCCGGCGGUCGCGCAGUCUGUCUCCAUGCCGCGCUCUGCACACCAGUCACGGAGAAGCCGCCCGGUUUAGAAACCUGGAACCGAACCGGAGCCCGGUGCUGAAAAGAAGCGGUGUGAUCGAGGAGACGCACGCGCAGUACCAUCAGCUGGCCAGCAGGUGGCGCGCGAAUCUAGAGAGUCGCCGGAGCAGCUGGGCGUCUCUGACCGCUGCGGGGCGCUCUAGAGGCGGACACCAGAGCUCAGGAAAGACCGCGGCUUCUGCAACUGGCGCAGGCCUCAUCUCGGCUGCCGCGCUCACCUUCUGCUUUAAGAAGGACAACGAUGAUAAAGCUGAAGCUUUUCUGGAAGCGGCCAGAUCCAACGACACUGAAGAGAUCCGCAGGUUGUUGUCGGAGGGUUUGGAUCCGAACACUCGACACCGCUUGGGCUGGACGGCGCUCAUGGUGGCGGCCAUGAACACACAACACAAUGUGGUCAAGCUGCUGCUGGAUGCGGGUGCAGACCCAAACCUGGGCGACGGCUUCAGCAGUGUUUACGACACGGCCCGAGAGAAGAGCCUUCACUCUCUGGAGGUGCUGGUGAGCAGAGAGGACGAGUUCAGCAGUCGCCUCAGCAGUAGAGCCUCUUUUAGGGGCUGCUCAGCUCUGCAUUAUGCUGCUCUCGCUGAUGAUCUACAGACUGUUCGUCUGCUGCUGGAUGCAGGUCAGUACACACACACACACACACAUACACUUCAACAACUGCAGAAAAAUGCAGUGGGGCAUGUGUUUGAAUGAAUCAGUUGAGCAAAU